UUGAUUCCAUGCUCAAAUUCAGGCGUUGGGUGGAGAUGGCAAUGGCGGGUCGGUGACCACGGAACCUGCCUGGGACUCUGAACUUGGAACUUGAUCGCCAGUCUCGACAGACGGCCACGGCGCGCUCUCAUCAGAUCCAGCUCAACCCCAGUCCGUAGAGAGAUUGGCUAAUUUGACGACGCUCUCCGUGAUCUUCCGUGGUGUCGGCCUGUGCCUUUUCCCCCUUGUCCUAAUUCCUAAUUGUCACUAGUCGCUUGAUCAUGACCGAUCAAAAUCCCGACACGAUGGAGGUGGAUCGGCCCAAACCCGAGGUCGACGUGGACCAGUCCAACCAGCUCAAGGCCGAGGCCAACGAGUUGUUCAAAUUGGAAAAGUAUCCCGACGCCAUUGAUCUCUACUCGAAAGCUAUCGAUUUUAACCCUACCAAUGCCGUAUUGUACGCCAAUCGCUCCAUCUCUCAUCUGAAAGUGGAGAGCUUCGGCUACGCUCUCGCAGAUGCCAACAAAGCCAUCGAGUGCGAUAAGAACUACUUAAAAGCCUAUUACCGCCGAGCGGCCGCUCAUAUGGCCCUGGGCAAGUACAAGAUGGCUUUGAAGGAUUAUGAGAUCAUCGUCUAUAAGCUCAUACCCGCCAAUAAAGACGCCAAAACCAAGUUCACGGAAUGCAAGAAGAUCGUGCAGACGAUCGCUUUCCACAAGGCCAUUGCCAUCGAGGAGAAGGUCAAGGCUGUGGCCGACGAAAUUGACAUUGACGGCAUCACCGUCGAGGACAGCUAUGAUGGGCCUCGACUGCAAGAGGGCAAAGUCACCGUCGAGUUCAUGACGCAACUAUUGGAGCACUUCAAGGCGCAGAAGAAGCUUCAUCGGAAGUUCGCACUCAAGAUCCUCUACGACAUCAAGCAAUACUUUCAGGCCCAGUCUUCCCUGGUGGACAUUAAAGUGGGUGAUGGCAAGAAAUUCACCAUCUGUGGCGACAUCCACGGGCAAUACUACGACCUCAUGAACAUCUUCAGUUUGAACGGUCAGCCUUCGGAGGAGAAUCCGUACUUGUUCAACGGCGACUUUGUCGACCGGGGCUCGUUCAGUGUGGAAUGCAUAUUUGCCUUGUUCGGCUUCAAGCUUCUUUACCCGGAUCACUUCUUCAUGAGUCGCGGGAAUCACGAGUCUGAGAACAUGAACAAGAUGUACGGCUUCGAGGGAGAAGUGAAGGCCAAGUACUCGAGUCAAAUGGUGGACUUUUUCACUGAGGUCUACAAUUGGCUACCUUUGGCCCAUUGUAUCAACAACAAAAUUCUAGUCAUGCAUGGAGGACUCUUCUCCAAGGACGGGGUAACCCUCGAUGACAUCCGUAAAACCGAGAGAAAUCGUCAGCCUCCGGAAGAAGGCAUUAUGUGCGAGCUCCUGUGGUCGGAUCCGCAAGGAAUGCAAGGUCGGUCCGCCUCCAAACGGGGCGUGGGUUGCCAAUUUGGGCCGGACGUGACAGAGCGGUUCCUCGAGAACAACGGCCUGGAUUACAUCGUCCGGAGUCACGAAGUCAAGGAGAAUGGCUAUGAGCUCAUGCACGAUGGGAAAUGCAUCACGGUGUUUUCGGCUCCCAACUACUGCGACACUAUGGGCAACAAAGGGGCCUUCAUUACCCUGAAAGGUGGAGAUCUCCGGCCAGAAUUCACCUCCUACGUCCACGUACCUCAUCCCAAUGUGAAGCCGAUGGCUUACGCCAAUUCCCUACUGAGCCUUUUUGGAUAGUCUCCUCAACACAAACACACUCACAUACACCCGAUUUCAUGACCUCAGCAAGAUAAAUGACUUUGGAGAGAGAAAGAGAGAGACACCAAGGGGACGAUGAGGGGGAAGCACGUUGGUGGACGGAAUUGAUCGUCGUGUAGCACCUCAUCUCGGGUACUUCUUUGUCCAUGAGCCACUAGCUUAUUCCAGCUAUCAUAAUAUGAGAGAGGCGAGGACGAUGGCCGAAAUCAACUCGUUGGUAAUUGAACUCCUUCAGUCACUUGACAUUUUUAUACCUCUAUUGGAGCCGUGGAGCCACAUUAAAUAGUGAAUCACAAACAAGCGUU